CUUAUUUUCGUGCCCUAUUAGUAUACGCCUUACAACUAAUCAACUAUGGAGCGCAAAUCUUGGCAUAUCUCUCUGGAAUUAGUGAUAAACGAUAAUUUCGUAUCUUAAACCGCGUGAAACGCAAACAAAACAAAACUGGAUCGAUUUCAGGUCGAAUUUUCCCAAUUAUUAACGUUGCAGUCGAAAACCGGAACGUUGUAUAGUAAAAAGUACGUCAUGGAUCGGAUAAUUUGCUGCAAAGUUUAUUAUUUUGAUAUUUCUUCAUUGUGGGAGUUCGACAAGAGAUCCAGGCAAAGUUGAUCGAAUCGUACGUGGAAACAAACCGGAAAAACAUGUUGAGUGUCGGUGGUAGUUUAACCGCGAGCAGACUGUUUAAUAUUUUUGACUUUGAGAGGCCCAGGCUUCAGGUGUAUGGUCCGUUUGAACCAAAAUUGAAGAGGAAUGGUAAUAGUAGGAUAAUCGCAGACACACCGUCGUCGACUUGGACCGAACCGCGCCCACCAAACACCCCGUCUCCGACAAACGGCAACGUCGCAGAUGCGACCAUGGUAACCGUCCUGGACGCGCAACCGAUCAAAAGCGAGACCCCACCCGAACGUCCCCGAUCCGUGGCCGAAGAUGACCGCAAAAGUCCGAGCAAACCCGAACAGGACGAAAAGCCACCUCGGAUCCGACUUAAGGCCGCUUUAGCCACCGAUCCAGCCCUAAGUAUGAUGGCCAACGUGAAAAACGAAGUGCUGGAAGGUUCGCCCGAAUAUUUGUCAUCGCUUUCUCCAGCGAUACAGACCGCGUUGGCCAGUAGGGGGCUGUUGUUUCCCGGGGGGUUGAAUUUGGAAGCUGUGGCAGCUAUGGCGGUGGCUCAGAGGGCUGUAGCGAGUACCACUCCGUCUGAGCCCAGCGGAAGUUCGGAGGGUAGUAGGGCUUCGGUACCUAUUUAUCAAUGUGUUCCUUGUGGGAUCAGGUUUUCUUCUUUGAGUACUUUGGAGGCUCAUCAGACGUACUAUUGUUCGCAUAGACCGAAUAAGCCCGCGGAAGACGAUCCGAAACAACAGAGCGUUUGCGCAGACGGUACCGUCGGUCAAUCGGACGCGGAUCCCUCUGAUCCGAACGCGAAAAAUGUGCGCGUAAACAAACAGUACACGUGCAUGCACUGUUCCUAUAGCGCAGACAAGAAAGUGAGCCUUAACAGACAUAUGCGCAUGCACACGGUCAGUCCCGGACCCGCGCCGGCUACUAUGACCGGUGGUUCCGGUUUGGCCAACGGAGAUGCCGCCGGUGCCCCGGAUCAGGACCGGUACUGCGCAGAAUGUGAUAUCCGGUUCAGUUCGCAGAAGACGUUCAGGGCCCAUAAGAUGCACUAUUGUAACUCUAGGCACGUGGUGAAAUCUACGGCACCUCCUUCCAGCUGCACCUCAGGCUCUUCUCCGACCAGUCCGGUAGACCCCGCCACCUGUCGAACCCCACCCUCGCCCACGGCCUCUUCUGCUCCCCAGCAACAUUUCCUAGCCCUACCCACCAACCCCAUAAUAAUAGUUCCAUAUUCCUUGUUCAAAUCCGCGAGUGUGCUGCCCUCUUUGAGUACCGCCACCGGGUUUCCCAGUCCGGACACACCCUGUUUUCUUAUGCCCAACGGUACCUUGCAGCCGAUGACUAGCGCACUGACGGCGGUCAGCUCGAAUUCAGCACCUCAGGGUGAGCAAGUGCUGAAAGCUGUCAAUAAGGGCAAAGAGACUGGAAAUAACCGUGAAUCUUCAUCUGCCCCGUUGGAUCUCACAGUGCGCAAAUCGCCGGAUCCGGAAUAUUCAAAAUCCGGCAGCCUGAAUACUCUCGACCCGGACCAGGAAAAAGAAAACAUGAAGCAUCGCUCUCCAUCUCCGGAGAGAAUCGAGUGCGAGCCCUCGAUACAAGGCUCGCCGUGUUCCACCCCCAGUGGGGGUUGCGAAAAAGGCUCGCCGGGUCUCAGCCACAGUCCCAAAAGGAAACUAGACGACUUAUCCAGAAGCAACAGUCCGAGAUCUUCCAAAACUCCCAAGUUAAGUUUGGAAAAACAUCUGAGGACCAGUCCGGAAGCGGUAUCGGCUGCCGGAGCGGCUCCGUUUGAAAUACCACCCGCCCUACACCCUCUCCUACUCAGGAGCGGCAAUAUUUCCGCAUUGAUUCCUCCAGAGUUGCAGAUGCGCCUCUCUGAUUUGGCCCCGAUUCCCCCGGUGAUGCCUCAGGUGAUAGUCAAACAAGGGGUCUCCAAGUGUAAAGAGUGCAACAUUGUCUUCUGCAAACACGAGAACUACUUGAUUCAUAAAAAGCACUAUUGUUCCUCCAGGUCCGCGGACGACGAUGCCUCUAAGAACAGCGGUAGUCCGCCAGUGAGUCCCAGAAGUGGAGGUACUACCAGUCCAGCCACCCAGUACCAGCAGCUAAUAUGUCUGGCAUGCGGAAUCAAAUUCACUUCGCCCGAUAAUUUGAAUGCACACCAGCAGUACUACUGUCUGAAAAGGGGCGAUACCGAGCCUAAAAGGUGUGCCAAAUGUCGUGGUUUAUUUGAGCCCGGACACCAGUGUGUGACGCAUACAGCUGUAGCGGGUUGGAAAUGUCCGUGCUGUGACGUCAUAAGUGCCACCGCUAGCGCUGCGCAGCGUCAUAUGGAGUCCCACACGGGUGUAAAGGCUUAUUUGUGUAAUAUAUGUAGAUAUAAAGGAAAUACGCUCAGAGGAAUGAAGACUCAUAUUAGGAUGCAUUUUCAUAAGAGAUCGCCUGACCUGCAGGAAGAAAACUAUAUUUCCUACAUCCUGGACGACGACACAGUAGUGGCUGCCGGUAUGGAAAUAUCCGCGCCUCCCGUCGUCGUGGCGGACGAGGUGUCCUCCUCACCAAACCUGGACACGCGACCGGAUCCCCACUUGUGCCCUCACUGCCCUUACAGUUCCCCGUACAAAGCCAACGUGGUGAGACACGUCAAGUUGGUCCACGAGUGUAGUGAGGAGGCAAACGGCGAGCCUCCCAGAGGUAGUAUUAUUAAGGAGGAGGACGAGGAGAUUAUUGUAAAAAAAGAAGCCAUGGAACCGGAAAUAAUUAUCGCGCCGGUAGAUGGAGUCACGAUCAAAGAAGAACCGGAUUUAUCCAGUCCGAAAGGGAGCGACGAAAUUGUCCAGGAAGUGCCAACGAAACCGGGGGCGCAUUACUGCAAAUCAUGUAAUAUUUACUUCACUUACCCGAAUUCGUUUAUCGCCCAUAAGAAGUUUUAUUGUUCGAGUCACGCGGGGGAGAUUUCCAGUAGUAAUAAUAACAAUAACACCGCGCCCAGGCCUGCCGAGGCGUCGGUUUUAUAAAAACCGAUUGUCGGUGUAGUUUUUUGUCUCACUUAGUCAUUAACGGGAAAAAGAAACGUAUACUUUAGGACGACUGAUAUACGGGCACAGUCCGAAAAAUUCAUUUGCAUCAUUAGGUUAGGAACCAACAAUGAUUCUACUUUAAAUUUGUCCAUCCAUAGUUCGGCAGAAGUUUCUAUGGUUCUAGUCAUCUGUAAAGUACACCUACAACAGCUAUCAUCUGUCGAAAUUUUUUUAGGACUUUAGAGCUAGUGAAGUGUCAAGAAAGAGUCUUAUAUUUGGAUUUUGAAUUUAUUUUUCAAGUUCAGUUUAUUUCAGGCAACUCCACUAGUUUCCUCCCUUGAUUCAGAUCGUGAAUGAUAGAUGGUGCUUUGAUUUACCAUUGCUCACACUAUCGUACGAGGGUUUCUAUAAAUUAAAGUCGCUAAAGUCUUUAAGUAAAUAAAACACUAGUAAUUAACUAAGGCACUUUAAUAACUGAAAACUUUUUACAUAAUUUGUAAUAAUCAUAAGACAUGUCAAUUCAACGCCACCUCCUAUAAUAUUCACCACUCAUUACGUAUAACCGAAUAUCGAGCGUACUUUACUAAAGGUGAAUUCACAUGACUUGGUAACGGAAUAACUAACACAUCGUCGGCUUAAUUAACUCCAAAAUUUUAAAUUAUUCAGGAGAUGCAAAAAACUUGUCAGAAUGAGAAAAUAUAAUAAAACAAGAUAAGUUUCCAAAAUAUUUUAUUUUGUUUAAUGCUUGAACAUAGAAAAUUAUUGCUCUUGUCAAAAAUAGGCUUUAUUCUUGAAAUAUUGGGAGUUAGGUUAUAUGCGUUCCAUUCGCAACAGGAGAUAGGCAAUGAUCUGAUUCAUUGCAACUUAAUUAUAAAAAAACUUUAAAGACGCAAGCAAAAGACAAAAAGCAAGAGGCAUUUUACAAAUGUGGUAAGUUAUCAUAAAAAAAUGAAAGUCCUUAGGAAUUGAAGAUUUAAGGUCCAUUAAGUGUUGAAAUUUUCAGAUUUAAUUGGUAUUGGAGUCGGAUACAUUAACGGCAACUCUUCUAAAUUCCAGAUUUUUUUAUCUUCUUUCGUCAUUCUAUAAGGCAAAGGCAUCCAUUCUUCUGUAUGCCUGAUUUUAAAAAGAAUUCAGUGUUCAUUAUACUGAAGUGCUCUAAUGUUUGUUACAGUAGGAUCACCUGACGAUCUACCAGGACGGAUGGAACUAAUGCAUUGAACAUCUUGAAACUUUUUGAAAUAUGUAUGAUCCAAGUACUCCACCACGUAGGGUUUCGGAUUUAUACGAGCAGUUUAACAAAUAUUGACAUAGUCUGCUGGGACGUUUAUGACUCGGUUUUUUAGUUUCCGCUCGAUUGUGGAGUGCAUUGAAUCGCACUUCAUUUGCGUAUGCCCUUUUUCUAAAAAUUUUUGCUCAAUUGUAAUCCCAUGCUUUUGUGCAAAGUUGAAAAGUGCAUUGGCAAGAAUUGCAUUUCUGUUUUGUCCAGUGCAACCAUCACUGUACAAAAUGACUUUACUAGUAGAGUUUUUUUGGGGUAUAAUAUUAGUCUCUAAAAACUUGUAAAUGAUGGUAGCAAAUGUGUUGGCAGUUUGUCCGGAAACAAUAUGCAUCCAAGGAUUUAAUGUCCAUAAUUGUAAAAUUAUGGACUAUUAAUUUUGUUUUAUAAUAUAGAGCGCUGACAUUAGAUUUUGGACUCAGUAGAACUGAUUGCAAAUCCAUUGAAAAAAUUUUUACAUCUUCUUUUUCCUUUCGUGCCUCCUCAUUUUUCUUCUGAUGUUCUUGAUAGGUAGCUUCGUCGAUAUUACCAGUCUUGUAACCCACACACGUAUCACAUUCAUCCUUUUUAGGCGAAAAAAGUGCUAAAUUUAAAUUGUCAAACUGUUUUGUUUUGGAAGAACUUUAAAGAAAUUGCACAAAUUUUCUUUUUGUGUGUCGAUUCUUGCUUUUCGAUUCACUAUUUGGGAGGAAUUAUUAUCACGCGUAUCAUUAUGGUCAUCAUCCACCAAAUCAUUUGCAGUGUGGUGUGAUUUAUUUUUUUCAAUCAACCAAUGCAAUGUUCUUGGUGCAAUUGAAAGACACUCUUAUCUUGGAUGUUGUAUGAAGAAAAUAUAUAUAGGAAAAUUCCCUUCUUGACUCGUUCUCUUUUUUUCGGUCCCUAGCUCUUGAAGUACUUUUCUUUUCAACCAGCGUCCUUAGAAACAAUUGUUUUUCGUUCCACAAAAAAAUCCAAAAUCUUGUAAACAUUUCUGUUCUUUGAUCUUCUGUUAUCUCAUUGCACUUCAUUACUGGUUUUUGUGACUUACCGUUACUGCAUUUGCAUCUCGGUCCUAUAGCUUUUGCUUUUUUUUUAAUAUCAUAAUUCCAUUUUUCUUCUUGCUUUUGUUUUCCAAAAUAUUCCUUUCCUUCUUGUCUUAAAAUCUUAUUUUUAUUUUUCUUCCAUUCCUUUUGAUCUACAUGACGUCUCUUUCUGCGUGUCCGUGAAGGGGUUUCGAUUGGAGUGUUAUUUUGUAGCUCUUCUAGUACUUCAUUUUCACUGGGUUCAUAAGAUUUAUCUGAACGACUAGAAGAAACUUCAAUAACUUCUUCUUCCAAAAUGGAGGUUGGGACUUCUUCACCAUUCUGGAACGACAUUCUGACGAUCUUCUGGUUCAAUGUUGAUUUCAUCUUCAGGAAAAUUUGAGGAGAUAAAAUUCAGUAAAUCAUCAUCAGUAAUUAAAUUGUCGUCAGCUAAUAAGUGGUUAUUAGAUGCUGAGGAGCUUGCUAGAUUAGUACUAUCAGUUAAGAGUGUAGAUAAAUCCUAAUUUUGAUCGAUAGAUCAAAUAGAGAUAGGCGAGUUUCGACUGGUAUUUUGUCGCGGCAUUUUUGACAUUUCAGUUGUUAGGCGUAUUUAAGUCGACGCGGUUAAUUUUUAUGAACCAUUUGCAUCUUAAGCCGACGACAUGACAUCUGCCUUUUUAACAAAAGAGUCAAAUAGGAUUUGUUAUAAGAUUUUUAUUUUCAGGUGACCUUUUAUUAAUACUUUGUCUAUUAGAUAAAGUAGAACGAUUUAAUAAGUUGUCAGUUUCGAAAUUAAUAUUGUCUCGAUAAUAGGACCGACAAUUUACAUUUACUACAUCAGGCUGAUCAUUAUUAACUUGAAAUUUUGUAUUUGUAGAUGCGUUAUACAUAUACGUUACAACAUUACUUGUGGGAGGCUUAAUAAAAUAGGACAUUAGGUAUUUCACCUGUAUUUUCAAUUUUAUCUAGGUCAUAUUAGGCUUUUUAUCUUUUACAUAAACUAUCUCGCCCUUUUUCUAUUUUUUUAGAAAGUUAUUACGCUUAAUAUCAUGAUAAUUUUCACACACUCUAUCAAAGCCUCAUAAGAGUCUCUACCAAUAAACUUACAUUUUUUAAGAGGCUUUUAAAAGUUUGUUCAUAUCUGUCUGACAUACCGUUGAAUUGGCGAUAAAUUUACAUUUUUUUAUUAAAUUCAUCAAAAUGUAACUUGAAAGCUACCAUGAUAUGAGAUGUAUCCUGUUGAAUAAGUGAGUCUCAAUAAAUUUAUUAAAAUAGUAACUAAUAAGUAAGGCUUACCUCUAAAAUAUAAAAUUUCUGUACCUACUACUUUCCAAGGACCAUCUGGGACUUCUCUUAAUAUUAAAGGUUCAGACCUAUUUGUUCUUUGAAAUGUUAAACAUGUUUGACAAUUCCUAAGAAGGUCUUCUAUUUCCUUGCUUAUACAUAAUACCCAUAUGGUUGAGAUUAAUUAAUAAUUGAUUUUCCAAGAGAUUUUGGUAUCAGAACACAAGAAUCCUUAAAAAGUAAUUCAUCUUUAAUGGGGAAAAAAUUGUUAAUGAACAAGUAGUUUAUUCUUAUCUGCUGACCAGGCCUGUUGCACAUAAUUAAUUAUUUUUUGAAGAUCAGUCUCAUUCUGAAAUAGCUGAAUCUUAUGGUCACUGAAGGACAGAUUUUUAAAAAUGAGCUUUAACUUCCUCAUUUAAAGAGUUGUCCUCAGAUUUAUCAUUAAGAAAAUUCCUAGAGAGAGCAUCUGCUACCAACAAAUCUUUUCUGAGCUUGUAUUUAACUUCUAGUUAAAUAGUUAGCUAAUAGGCUUACAAUCUUAAACAAUGAACAUUUUUAAUAAUUACUGACAUGCUAUAUUCACACCUAAAACCAAUGACCAAAAGAUCCUUUUCAAAUUGUGGUCAUAAUUUUUGGUUUUCUAACAAAGCUUUUCAGGCAUAAGCCACUGCUAAAUGUUAGUAGACCUAAGCUACUACUAUCAACACUUUACGCAGUGUCCUACGUGAGCGAUCAGUUGCGACGAAGCUAACGACGCGAUGCGAUGCGUCUAUAAUGCGAUGAGGGGCGAAGCGAUGCGAUUCGAUGCCGCUGUCCUAUGUGGGAAUCGCGUCGCUCACAUCAGUCAUGCCGCAGCGUUUCACGGUGGUUUCACUAUGAACAAACGCAUUUCUUUUUUGCUCGAAAACUCUUACUUUAAAUAGAAAUUCGUGAAAAAAUUUCAACGCAAAAGAAGUAAAACCAAUAUUAUAUACUUGGAAAGGCAUUUACAUGGUGAAUUCCAUCAUCUGUAUGAACAGUUGAAAAGUCAACCCACCAAAUUUAAGGAGUAUGCACGAAUGUUACCAUUUGAUUACAUUUUAAAGGCUAUAAAACCUGCAAUACUAUUGUCGAAGAAAGAUUUAUGGUGACCGUGAGGUAAGUAAAAAAAAAAGUUCACAAAAAAAUCUAAUGAAAUUCUGAAUAAUAUAGUUAAUAUCUCAAUACAGUGGUUAUUACUUAUGAUCUACUCUAACAUGUUUGUAGGAGUAACCUUAGAGGAGGGCAAAGCUAAAUCAUUUUUUUCCAGUUCUUUUAUUAAUAUUUGUUGCAUAUUUGUCCUAAACUGCAGUUUAUUUAAUGCUGGGAGUUGUUUCAUAAACGGUAAUAAUGACUAGAACCAGCAUAUGUCAUCAUCGUCCUCGUUGAUUUGUUCCUUACGCAAAAAGUUAUUUUCUCCCUUUCAAUUUCAAACUUUUCUUUUCUUACAAGAGCGAUUUUGUGUUACUGGAGCUACGCGCUUUGGAGGCAUGGAACGUGACGGCUGAAGAAUGGAACUAGAGGGCAUCUGUUUGAGAAUAAUGCAGUCUUGUGUGUCUAGCCCAGAUGUGGAAAUCGUAGUCCCUGGUUGCAGAGUGAUGUGAUCAUUGCUUUCCGUGCAUGCUGUUUCUGCUGUAAAACUGCUGUCCUCUGCCAUAGACAUCCACGACUCAAGCUCACUAAUUUCUUCAACAAUUAUAUUAUGCUCACCUGUGUUUUGUGAUUCGUCAUCCUUAGUUGCCGAUUCCGAUAGAAUUGUACUAUUGCUUUCUUCGUUAGAGAAUUCUUGUAAAUUUUCUGAUUGUCCGAUAUUACCAGUAAUUUUUCGAGGCUUUAUUACUAUUCUUAAAAAUGACAUGCAUUCAAAAUAAGGCCAUGCGCCUUUAUAUUUUGGUUCGCUAUCAGCAUCAACUCCUGAAAAGGGGGUUUUGGAAUUUUUUUCAAUUCCCUACAAUAAGUAUCUCGCAGAUGUUUCCAUUUUUUCUUGACGGUAUCAUCUGAAACAAAGAAUUUGUGAAUUAAACCUGCUUUUAUUCCAUACUCCAGUUGUACUGUAAUGGAAAUAUUUUUUUUUUCAAUGGCUAUUCCUCGGGUUGUUCUGAAUGUUUUACUCUGUUACAUCAAAUAAUUUUUAGAGCUUGUAUAAAUAAAUAACGUUUUGAUUUCAGAUACUUGGCUACUGGGGUAUAAUUUCGCCAAAUCGCUUUCUCAUUCAGAAUUUCGAAAUCAUCUGUUUCCAAGAUUGUCAUAGAAGUUUGUAUAGCCAUAUGGAAAACAUUAUUACCAGCUCACAUGGCUAAACCCACUGUAAAAGACUUUAAAUUAAUAGCGCAAAGCUUUUGGGACAGAUGGCAAUAUCCUCACUGCAUUAGAAGCAUCGACGGGAAACACAUCCGCAUAAAAAAACCGAGAAACUCUGGUUCUAUGUAUUAUAACUACAAGGGUUACUUUUUAAUCGGAUUACUGGCUGUAACUAAUGCAAAUUAUAAGUUUGUAAUGGUUGAUGUAAGCUCCUAUGAUAAGAUAACGACGCAGGAGUGUUUGACAAUUGUCCCCUUAAACAGGCUCUUAAACUGGGAAGACUGCAAGUACCCAAAGAAGAAAAUUUGCCAGGGUCUAAUAUAGAAGCAUCAUACGUUUUAGUGGGAGAUGCUGCAUUCCCUCUGAAAGAAUAUCUAAUGAGACCUUUUCCAGAAAAGAAGACAAUUAAAGGUGACCCUAAAGACAACUAUAACUGUCGCCUAUCUCGGGCAAGAAUGGUGGUGGAAUGCUCUUUCGGCUCAAUAGUAUCCAAAUUUAGAAUUUUACAGAAAGCUAUCGAAACCAAUGUAGAAAAUGCUGAGCAUAUACUGAAAGCAAUCACUUUGCUUCACAAUAUAAUUCGCGAUUUGGAAUCCAUCACUGAAGCCGAAACCACAUCUUUUCGUGAGACCUACCGGUAUUUGCCAAAAACACCGCACCACAAUUUAGGAAAAAAGUUUAAUGCUUCAUCCCGGGCAGCUAUUACAGUAAGAGAGAAAUUCAAACAAUUUUUUGAACAACACCCUAUAAAUAGGAAUGAAUAAAUUUGAUUUUAUUGUUGGUAUUUUUGUACUUACAUGUCGUUCCCAUGACUUCACCGACCUUUUCCCAUUCUCUGUGCGUUAAUAGUCUGUCGUGGUAAUUCUUAUUUCUCUUGUCCCACAAAACAGGACGUUCCUGUAUUAAAUUCAUUUAAAUUUCUAGAUCCAUGCUUUGAAUUAGUUACGACAAUCACGUGCGAAUCGCGCGAAGUUAUCAACCCAACUGAUUAUGUCGCAUCGCUUUGUAUCGUAUGAUCGACAGCCGUUUGAUUUUGACGCAUCGCAAGCAGCAUCGCAACUGAUCGCUCACGUAGGACACUGCGUUAAUACAAGAAGUUUUUUAAUAUCGAAAUAGGGUAAAACUGAGGUUUUUGUCAGCAUACGUAAAUUUUUUUCAAAAUCUUUUGCGUGUCUAUUUCCCACAUAAAUUCAAUAGCUUUCUUUAAAAAGGGUCUCAAAUUAUUAGUUAAAUCAGAAAGAUUUGGAAGAAACAUAUGUUAUAAUACUCAGAAAAAUGAGCAAAUCUUUUUUGCACUUAGGAAUUUCCAUACUUUGGAUUGCCUUAAUUUUAUUAUCAUGUGAAUUGAACCUCAACUGCAACCAAUUGACACUAAUUAUUACAUAAUAAUCGGUACUAAAGGUGCAUUCACAUGACUUGGUAACGGAAUAACUAACUCAUGACAGUCUCCAGUGCUUUUGCAUACAUUAAACGUUAAUAUCCACGUUGUAUAUCAUUCUUCCGCCGAUCCAUGCGGGUAGUAAUGGACAGCUUCCUUCAGCUCUUAGUUCAGCAUUAAGUGCUGGUAUUCGAUAGGAAACAAAUAUUAGUCACUGGAGGCCAAAUCAGGAUUGACUCGGAGAUGGUCAAUGAAACUAAUGGCUUCAGUUAGUGAAAAGGUUUAUUAAUAUCUAAUUAAAGAUUAGGAGUAAUUGGACGUACACUGUUGAAGGUAACCUUGUUAAGUCUCGAGCCCAGUUGUGACCAACAGUUCAAUCGGAAACCCUUUCCGGUAAGGGUCUAGAAACUUGCGAGCACUUUUAGCGUUCAUCAAUGAGUACUAGCGGUACCUACCUUGUGAUACUUUAAAAUAUCCGUCAAUGUCUUGUCCGUGGACGUCUUAGAGACUUUAUGACGGCCUCUACGAACUUCUACUGCAUUUACAAGCAUUUUUAUGUCCAUACAGGUCAGUCAACGGAUUUCAUUGAUAUUUAGACUCCUUAAACCACAAAAACCCUCGUUAACAGUUCCUAACUCAAGACUGAGUGUUACAGAGAGUGGUGGAGCAAGUAAGAACGUGCUCGUAGACCUUAAUUUAUGCAAAACCUUCGUAUUACUGUAUAGUGUGAGUAAUAUUACCGCCCUUCCACUGUUUAGAAAAAAAUGGACGAACUAAAGAGCGGUUCUGUUUUUUCUGAAAUACCAGUGAGUGGUAAAUUAAAUUUUUUAAAGUAUACAGUGCAUUUCAGAAAUAUGACAAAUAUUUACUCUUCAGUGGUCAAUAUUUAUUUUUAUAGGGUAUAAAGGAAAAAUUAUUCAAGGGCCCCUUGGUUUUUGGCAAAAGACAAACCUUGACCCAACAUAUUAAAAAAGAUGCGUUCCAAUAAUAAUGACUUUGUACAGCAUCCUCUAUACAGGGUGUCCCAACUCUAUUGCAUCAAAUUUCCUUGACUGAUAAUAAAUUUGGAUCGGAAAUAGAGGUCAUGUGGCCAGCCCGGUCACCUGACAUAACCCCGCUAGAUUUUUGUUCUUGUGGGGAUAUUUAAAGGGACAAGUGUACAGUGAAGAGCUAAGAAAUUUGGAGGAUUUAAAAAGCACAAAUAAUUAAUAAAUUAUUCCAGUUUUAUAAUCAAUUAUCUCAGCCAUAAGCAAUUAUCUGAAAAUCCGUCAAUGUUUGACUACAUAAAAAAAUACACAUUUUUUUAAGUAGAAUUAAAUGAAGAGUAAAAAUUUGGUUUAAUAUACAUGAACUUACUUGACAGUGAAAACUUUGUUUUUGAGAUAUCAUAUACAGGGUCGAAAAAAAUCGUGUGUAAAUAGAGCUGGGACGCCCUAUAUAUAAAAUUGAAUUCUACAACCCCCGACUCAAACCCUCUAACUUACUUAGACUAAGUAGACUUCAAAAAAACUAAUAAAUCUCGUUGUAUACGAUUUUCCAAGAAAACUUCUGGUUGCGACUUUCCACGUGUAAUUUAUAUAUAUACGCCUUAGUAUACAGGGCGAUUUUGAGGCUGUAUUACACCUGAGACACAAAGAAACUUAUCAAAAUCACCUUUUAUACUGUGGGUGCGACUGUUUAUUGUGCCCCAUCAACUGUUAGAUCUUUAUUUAUAUUAAUAUAUACAGGGUGUCCGCAAUACACUCCGUAUAAAUAUACCAAAUAUGCCAAAGCAUUUUCCAUAAUAAUAAAUUUAAAAAUUAGCUAAUAAGGAGGUCUGUAGAUUUUUAAAUAUGUACCUAUUAUUAUAUACUAUAACGGUUAAAAAUGUUGGAAUCUUUUUUUUUUUUGUUAGUUAUUAUAUAGCGUAAACGUUUCAAUAUUAUUAUUAUUGAGUUUUUUUUUUGUAUAAAUAGUAAUGGUUAUAUAAUAUUAUUAUGUAUUUUUUCUCGAUAUAUAUAUAUAUACAUAGAUAUGUAAAAUAAUAAUUGGUUUCAUAGGCAAAGCCCAGGCCCGACACGUAAUAAUAUCGAUAGCAUCGGUGUAACUCGUUAUUACGGGGUUUGUGGUUUUACCUCCUGAUUGUGGCGUUUAAAAUGCUGUAAUUACCGUUCUUGAGACAAUAAGUUAUUUAUUUCUAAAACAUGG